AUGAUUGAUGGAUCUCCCACUGUAAACAGAGUGUUGGCAGACCUAGGUGAUGUUCCAGGCACAGGGAAGAAUUGGUACAAGGGAGUGGAAAUUGCUGACAAUAACAACCUCAGAACCAGGUUCAACUCAGUACGAAGGGGAUACCUGAACCAGCUUAUCAACAACUUACACGACAGGUUUCCAGAAGAUGACUUAGAGCUUCUGGAGUGUUUUGACGUCAUCUUCAACCCUAGAAGACUGCCUGAUGAUGUAAGGGAGUUAGGAAAACAUGGCAUCCAACAACUCAACAAACUCUGUCAUCACUUCGAAACUGUUCUUGACUCUGAUAGGUGUAAAAACCAAUUUCUUCAGUUCAAGCAUCUACUACGCAGUUACAGAGCUUUGAACUUUGAACAGUUCACAAGCACUCUCAUUCACGAGUAUAAACAUGUUCACCCUGAUUUUGUUCAACUGGCUUUGAUCAGUCUUGUAAUCCCAGUAGCAAGUGCUCCUUGA